AGUUUUCUGUGUCUCUGUAAUAAAAGAACCGCAGCCUAUCUAGAUUACAGAGCGAGACUCGGCGCAUACCGCAACAAAACGUCGGGAAAACAACCUGAAAGGCAUUUAGAAACGAUUUCGACGCCUUCAAAGGGAGAAAUAGCGCCGCGUCAGACGGUACCAUGGCCCGUCCUGUGGGUGGCAGUGUGAGCGAUGCAGAGCGCUAUCUCUAUACGGGCUCCUCAGGGUCCAGCCAGGGCUCUUCAGCCUCCAGCCAGGCGGACUGGGCGGCCCGCCGGCUGGUGUGGGUCCCUUCAGAGAAGCAAGGGUUCGAGGCCGCUAGCGUGCGUGCUGAGCGGGGGGAGGAGGUGGAGGUGGAGCUGGCGGACAGCGGCCGGAAGGUCACUCUGUCCAAGGAGGAGGUCCAGCGCAUGAACCCGCCCCGCUUCAGUAAGGUGGAGGACAUGGCGGAGCUGACCUGCCUGAACGAGGCGUCCGUCCUGCACAACCUCAAAGAGAGGUACUACUCCGGGCUCAUUUAUACUUACUCGGGUCUGUUCUGCGUUGUCAUCAACCCGUAUAAGAACCUGCCCAUCUACACGGAGCCCAUCGUGGAGAUGUACCGAGGGAAGAAGAGGCACGAGAUGCCUCCUCACAUCUACGCCAUCUCUGAGGCUGCGUACCGCAGCAUGCUGCAAGACAGAGAAGAUCAAGCCAUCCUUUGCACGGGUGAGUCUGGAGCCGGCAAAACGGAGAACACCAAGAAAGUGAUUCAGUAUCUCGCACACGUGGCUUCAUCUCACAAGAGCGCAAGCGCAGGGCCAGCGCACAGCCAGCUGGAACCUCCCAGACCAACCAGCCAACAGAACACCGCCGUGUUGUAUGGGGAGCUGGAGAGGCAGCUCUUGCAGGCCAAUCCCAUCCUGGAGUCUUUUGGAAACGCCAAGACCGUGAAGAACGACAACUCGUCCCGAUUUGGCAAGUUUAUCAGGAUUAACUUCGACGUUGCUGGAUACAUUGUGGGAGCCAAUAUAGAGACUUACCUGCUGGAGAAGUCCCGCGCGAUUCGACAGGCCAAAGACGAGCGAACCUUCCACAUCUUCUACCAGCUACUGUCUGGAGCUCCAGACCACAUGCGAGGUGACCUCCUCCUGGAAGGCUUCGAUAGCUACCGCUUCCUGUCCUGCGGGUUUGUCCCCAUCCCGGGACAGACGGACAAAGAGAACUUUCAAGAGACUCUGGAGUCCAUGAAGAUCAUGGGCUUCAACCAGGACGAGGUUGUGGCCAUGAUGAAGCUCAUCUCUGCGGUGCUGCAGUUCGGAAACAUCUCUUUCAAGAAGGAAAGAAACACAGACCAGGCCUCCAUGCCAGAUAACACAGCUGCUCAGAAGCUGUGUCACCUGAUGGGGAUCAACGUGACGGAGUUCUGCCGAGCCAUCCUGACCCCGAAAAUCAAAGUGGGGCGAGACUUUGUGCAGAAAGCACAAACGAAAGAGCAGGCUGACUUCGCGAUAGAAGCCCUGGCUAAAGCCACCUACGAGCGCCUGUUCCGCUGGCUGGUCCACAGAAUCAACCGAGCCCUGGACCGAACCAAGAGGCAAGGGGCCUCCUUCAUCGGGAUCCUGGACAUCGCCGGCUUUGAGAUCUUCCAGCUGAACUCCUUCGAGCAGCUCUGCAUCAACUACACCAACGAGAAGCUGCAGCAGCUCUUCAACCACACCAUGUUCAUCCUGGAGCAAGAGGAGUACCAGCGAGAGGGCAUCGAGUGGAGCUUCAUCGACUUCGGACUGGACCUGCAGCCCUGCAUCGACCUCAUAGAGAGACCGACGAACCCCCCUGGGGUGCUGGCUCUGCUCGAUGAGGAGUGCUGGUUCCCCAAGGCCACGGACAAGACCUUCAUUGAGAAGCUGAGCUCCGAGCAGGGAACGCACCCCAAGUUCCAGAGACCCAGGCAGCUCAAGGACCAGGCGGACUUUUGCAUCCUGCACUAUGCAGGCAAGGUGGAUUACAAAGCUGACGAGUGGCUGAUGAAGAACAUGGACCCUCUGAACGAUAGCGUGGCUUCACUGCUCCACCAGUCCACGGACCGCUUUGUGGCCGAGCUGUGGAAGGAUGUGGAGAGGAUUGUGGGCCUGGAGCAGGUGCAGGCGGGAGGAAUGAACGAUGUCUCGUUCGGCUCGGGGUUCAAGACCAAGAAGGGAAUGUUCCGCACCGUCGGGCAGCUCUACAAGGAGUCUCUGUCCAAACUGAUGGCAACACUGAGGAACACCAACCCCAACUUUGUGAGGUGCAUCAUCCCCAACCACGAGAAGAGGGCUGGCAAGCUGGAACCCCACCUAGUUCUGGAUCAGCUCCGAUGCAACGGGGUUCUGGAGGGAAUCCGGAUCUGCAGACAGGGCUUCCCUAACAGGAUCGUCUUCCAGGAAUUCAGACAGAGGUAUGAGAUACUGACUCCCAAUGCAAUCCCCAAAGGUUUCAUGGAUGGCAAGCAAGCUUGUGUGCUGAUGAUCGACGCUCUGGAGUUGGAUCGGAACCUGUUCCGGGUCGGGCAGAGUAAGAUCUUCUUCCGUGCCGGAGUUCUGGCUCACCUGGAGGAGGAACGAGACCUGAAGAUCACUGACAUCAUCAUCCACUUUCAGAGCGCGGCGCGGGGGUACCUCGGCAGGAGGGCAUUUGUUAAGAAACAGCAGCAGCUCAACGCCCUCAAAGUGAUGCAGAGAAACUGUGCAGCCUACCUGAAACUGAGGCACUGGCAGUGGUGGAGACUGUUCACUAAGGUGAAGCCCCUCCUCCAGGUCACCCGACAGGAUGAGGAAAUCCAGCACAGAGAGGUGGAGCUUCAGAAGGUCAAAGAUCGGCAGGUCAAGGCAGAGAUGGCCUUCUUUGACUUGGAGAAAAAGCACCAGCAGAUGAUGGAAGAGAAGGCCAUCCUGGCGGAGCAGCUCCAUGCCGAGACGGAGCUGUUUGCCGAGGCCGAGGAGAUGCGGGCGAGGCUGACCAGCCGGAAGCAGGAGCUGGAGGAGAUCCUGACCGACCUGGAGUCCAGGCUGGAGGAAGAGGAGGAGCGCAAUGGCUCGCUGAUCAACGAGAAGAAGAAGAUGCAGCAGCACCUCCAGGACCUGGAGGAGCAGCUGGAGGAGGAGGAAGCGGCUCGACAGAAGCUGCAGCUGGAGAGAGUGACCCUGGAGGGCAAGAUGAAGAAGAUGGAAGAGGACCUCCUUAUGGUGGAGGAUCACAACUCCAAACUCAGCAAGGAGCGCAAGAUGAUGGAAGAGCGCAUCAACGAAAUGGCAUCCAAACUAGGGGAGGAUGAGGAGAGAGUUAAAACCCUGUCCAAGAUGAAGAACAAGCAUGAGGCCAUCAUCGCUGACAUGGAGGAGCGCUUGAAGAAGGAGGAGCAGGCUCGUCAGGAGAUGGAGAAAUCCCGGCGCAGGCUGGACGGAGAGAGCAGUGAGCUGCAGGACCAGCUGUCCGAGAUGGUGUCCCUGGGGGAGGAGCUGAAAUCUCAGCUGAGCCGCAAGGAGGAGGAGAUGCUCGCCGUCACCAGCAGGCUGGAGGAGGAAAGCUCUCGUCGUGCAGAGGCGCUGCGCAGCCUACGGGAGGCGCAGUCCCAUCUCUCUGAGCUGCAGGAGGACGUGGACUCGGAACGAGCCGCCCGGGUCAAGGCUGAGAAACAGAAACGAGAUCUGAGCGAGGAGCUGGAGGCCCUGCGCACGGAGCUAGAGGAUACCCUGGACACGACCGCAGCACAGCAAGAGCUCAGGUCGAAGCGCGACCAGGAGCUGGGGGAGCUGAAGCGCUCGCUGGAGGAGGAGUCUCGCGCUCACGAGUCUCAGAUUACUGACCUGAGGCAGCGGCACACCGUCGCCAUGGAGGGGGUGCAGGAGCAACUGGAGCAAGCGAGGAGGCUCAAGGCCUCCCUGGAGAAAGCGAAGCAGACCUUGGAGAUGGAGCGGUCGGAGCUGGUGAGCGAGGUGCGGACGCUGCAGAGCGGCCGGGCGGAGAGCGAUCACAAGAGGAAGCGAGUCGAGACGCAGCUGCAGGAGGUGCAGGCCAGGCUGGGGGAGAGCGAGAGAGUGCGGGCAGAGCUGGGGGAGAAGACCCAGAAACUACAGGCGGAGCUGGACUCUCUCUCAGGCUCUCUGGGUUCAUCCGAAUCCAAGUCAUUCAAACUCUCCAAAGAGCUGAGCAGUCUGGAGAUGCAGCUGCACGAUGCACAGGAGUUGCUCCAGGACGAGACUCGUCAGAAGCUGUCUCUGGGCGUCCGGGUUCGAGCUCUGGAGGAUGAGAGGGUGGGGCUUAUCGAGAAGCUGGAGGAAGAGGAGGAGCAGAAGAGGAACAUCAGCCGGCAGAUGCUUACCCUGCAGCAGCAGCUAUCGGAGGUGCGCAAGAAGACUGAAGAGGAUUGUGGGAUGCUGGAGGUCGGCGAGGAGGCCCGCAGGAAGCUGCAGCGGGAGCUGGAGGCGAUGAGCCAGCGCUGUAACGAGAAGAGCCAGGCUCUGGAGAAGCUGGAACGCAGUCGAACCCGGGUCCAGCAGGAGAUCGAGGAUCUCACCCUGGCCCUGGACCAGCAGAGGCAGGUCACAGCGACGCUGGAGAAGAAACAGAAGAAAUUCGACCAGCUCCUGGCAGAUGAGAAGUCAGUCUCGGCUCGCUAUGCUGAGGAGCGGGACCGGGCUGAAGCGAGUGCGAGAGAGGAGACUCGGGCUCUGGCUCUGGCUCGGGCUCUCGACGAGGCCCUGGAGAGCCGGGACGAGAUGGAGAGAACGAACAAGCUGCUCCGGGCAGAGAUGGACCAGCUCGUCAGCUCCAAGGACGAUGUGGGGAAGAACGUUCACGAGCUGGAGCGGGCGCGGCGCGCUCUGGAGCAGCAGGCUCAGGAGAUGAAGACCCAGCUGGAGGAGCUGGAGGAUGAGCUGCAGUCCGCAGAGGAUGGGAAGCUGCGUCUGGAAGUGAACAUGCAGGCACCUGCGUCUGGAAGUGAACAUGCAGGCACUGCGAGCGCAGUGCGAGAGGAGCUGGCAGGGAAGGAGGAGAGCGGAGAGGAGAAGCGCCGCGCGCUCAUGAAACAGGUGAGGGAGAUGGAGCUGGAGCUGGAGGAGGAGAGGAAGCAGCGAGCUCAGGCAGUGGCAGGGAAGAAGAAGCUGGAGAUUGACCUCCAGGACAUCGAGGCUCAAAUCGAGGCAGCCAACCGAGGCAGAGACGAGGCGCUCAAGCAACUCAAGAGGCUGCAGGCUCAGAUGAAAGAUUUGAUCCGAGAGCUCGAUGAAGCCCCGAUUGGCUCGUGACGAGAUCCAGCCCAAUCGAAAGACAGCGAGAAGCGCCUGAAGGGGCUGGAGGCGGAGCUUCUGCAGCUGACAGAGGAGUUGUCGGCGGCCGAGCGUGCCAAGCGACAGGCCCAGCAGGAGCGUGAUGAGAUCCUGGAUGACAUCACAAACAACACUUCUGGAAAGUCGGCUUUCCUGGAUGAGAAGCGCCUGGAGGCUCGCAUUGUUCAGCUGGAGGAGGAGCUGGAGGAGGAGCAGGGCAACGUGGAGCUGCUGAACGAGCGCUACAGGAAGAGCACGCUGCAGGAGGAGACGCUGAGCCUGCAGCUGUCUGGAGAGCGCUCCCUCGCCCAGAAGAACGAGGCGGCGAGGCAGCAGCUAGAGAGGCAGAACAAGGAGCUCAAGGGGAAGCUGAGCGAGCUGGAAGGGGACGUGAGGAGCAAGUACAAGCUCAGCAUCGCCGCCCUGGAGGCCAAGAUAAAUCAGCUGGAGGAGCAGCUGGAGCUGGAGAGACAGGAGAGAAUGAUUGCCAACAAGCUGGUGCGUCGCACUGAGAAGAAAUUCAAGGAGGUGGUUCUGCAGGUGGAGGACGAGAGGAGACACGCAGACCAGUUCAAAGACCAGAUGGACAAGACCUCGGUUCGGAUGCGGCAGCUGAAGAGACAGCUGGAGGAGGCGGAAGAGGAGGCCUCGCGGGCGAACACUUACCGGAGGAAACUGCAGAGAGAACUGGAGGACGUGAGCGGAGAACGCGGAGACCAUGAACCGCGAGGUGAACGUUGCUGAGAACCAAGCUGAGACGCACUCCUCUGCUCUUCUCGAUUCACUCUUCUCGCCGGGCUCUUCAGCUGGAAGAUGGGUCCCAGGAGAACUCUGACUCGGAGGAGCUCAGCACCACCCCCUCAGGACCGGAGCCGGAGACACCCGACAGCAACAACACCCUCCCUCCUCCUCCACCCCCAGCCC